AUGUCGACGGGCGAAAUGCAUCCGCCGUCCCUUCACGGCCACCCCCACAGUCGCCAGCAGCGCCACUCUGGCGAUGAUGCGUCCCAGCCCUUCCUUCCCGUCUCCUCCUCAGGCUCAUUUCUCCUUCCUGCAGACCCUCAGGGUGCAUUUACCUUUUCUGCCGAACCCGCAAUGAUAGACUACUCCUCCAUGGUCAGCCUGACGCCCUCGAGCGGCACCGCCCAGGACUCCGUCUUCACUCCCAACACAAACACGGGCUCCUCUUUUGACUCCUCCUUACACCCAGAGUACCUCAAUCAUUCCUACCCUCCUCCCAAUCUCCUGCAAGCGCAUCAGAACUACUCUCUCUCGCCAGGUACACAUAGCCGAUCAGGCCAGAGCAUCUCCCCCUCGCAUUCCAUCGACCAUCUGAGCCCCGAGGCGGCCUAUCUGAGCGAUCCCAACCAUCAAGACAUCACCUGCUACACCAACCAGAACUUCACCGGCCAGUACCUCGAGGAGCCCUUUUCGAACCUCAACUUCGCCGACCCAAACAUCACUCCUAAUGCCUUCGACACAUUCCCGACGAGCAUUGGCAUGUCCUUACCGAUAACCCCGGAUGCCCUUGCCACAUACAACGCUCAAGUCCCUCAACCCUUACCCGCCAACGUACAGGCUGGGUCACAGUUGAUCUCGCCCUGUCCGACCACCGACUCCAGUCCGGUCAUCACACAGGGCAUAAAGAGGGCCAACGGCAUCGGAUUACAAUAUAUUGCACAGAACAAACAACAAAUUUCGACGCCCCCUGCCACUGUAACCAGUAGUACAAUGCACUCUACUCCAAGCAAGCAACAGCAGCAUAGCCCUGCGCUUACGAACAGCUCCGGUAGCGGUGUCGUGAAUGCGCAGCCCUUGCCCCCACACCUUACAAGCCCAAUCGUGCGUGUUGAGCAUUAUAGCAGAGGCGAGUCCCCAACUCGAUCCGAUAUCAGCAGACCGGUCAGCAAAAGGAGUCAUGGUAGCCGCCGUUCUGCGAAUCACCUCUCCCCCUUUCCCGUCGAUGACUCAUCUUCCGAUGAGGAUGAGCACCAGGAACCAGUGCGGAUCCAACGGGUCGUAAGGGGGCCGGAUAGAGCCGAGGACGGGUCCUGGCUCCCUAAAGGAGGAAGCAGUUCGGCCGGUCUCAGUCCGGAUGAGCGCCACGCCAUGGGAGACAUGCUGGUUCCGACGCUCGAGGAGAUUGCACAACGCAGGAAACAGGAAGAGAAGAAACUUGAGGUCGAGGACUGGCUUACGAAGAGUGAGGCCGCAAGUGAAGCCGGUGAUGGUGGCUCCUCGAGCAACCUGUUGCGACCCUUUGCCCCGCGACGUCGAGCGAAGAGCACCAAUGAUGCCCAUCGCCAACCUUAUGGACUGCAGGGUCUGCACCUAGGCCUCGGAGUCCGCACUGACUUUGACAGACCCGACGAUUCUGGAAUCCCUGGACCUGGCCUGUACGUCGAUGAGAGGAGCGAGUAUGACGAAUACGAGGACGACGAGGACGAGGACGGAUCUGUACGGCCGGAGUCGCCGCCUGCGGAGAUCGAUGUCGAGGCGAGCCAUAAUGACACAACACCAUUUCCACCCUUAGUCGACCAUGGAUCGCUGUUAGGGGCCAUCGUACGACCUUGGGUAGACCCACCAUCCCAGCCGCCCACGACCUCUACUCGUUAUCAACCGCAAACAUCCAACGCUGCAAUGAUGCGCUUCCGGCUGAGAGCCAAAGACGUCGAGACGGCGUCCUUGGCUGCUACUCUAGGUUCGCGUCGACUGAGUGAAUCUGAUUUGGGGAGUGUCAGGGCAGCCCCAGGCGUGGUCAAAGUCAUCCAACCCGAUCUGAAGAAGCACAAGGAAAGACAGCGUCGACCCAGCUUUCUAGAGAAUAUACUCCCCAAGCGUACCCCUAGCAACCUCUUGAAGCGCAAGGGGAGCAUACCUGUGCAACAACAAUCCUCUGACGCCGGAAAUGACAAGUCCAAGGAAGGUGGGGUUAUGGAGAAACCCAAGCGAAUGGGGAGUUGGGGACGUCCAAAGUCUCCCAAAGUAGAUAUCACUGCUGCAAACCAGACAAAGGACCUGGGCCCUCCCAGUGCUUCUAACCUGUCGGCGACGAGCGGGCCAUGGUAUCAGGGUGCCAAGAAUGUGAUUAGACGGAGCAGAAGUAGGAGUGAUUUAGGCAAAUCACCCGGACUCGCUGAACUCAUGACCCAGCAUGGUGGCCCACCAAUGCCCAUGCUGGCUUCUCCACUAGCAGAGACUGAAGCCACGAAGGCAACACCUCAACCCAGCCCAGGAGGGGAUGAGGAUGAAGACGAGACGGCCGAAGCAAUCACCAUGGAUCUUUCAGUCCGCUCAGACCCGAUCAUUCCUACCUACGAGGGGUUCAAGACGCAUGCUCGCCAGCUCAACCCGCGGUUGGUUGACUACAUGGUGGAACGAAUCACACAGGAGCAGAUGAGGAGAUAUAAGCGUCUUCUAGAGUUCAAGGUCAAGCAUCUGAAUGCUGUCAAAAACAGGAACUGCGCUUCGGGCACCUUCUGUACUGAGCUCGGUGGCUCAUCCAAGCAGCUGCCGCCGCGAGCAGGUAACAAAGACUCGGACGCACCUUUUAUCGGCUUCCAAAUCACAGCACCGGGGUCAUCCGAUGACGAUGGAGAUGCGCCUCCGGAGGGAACUGUUGUUUCUGCCCAGUUUCCAUCUGGCGUCCCCCUUCCUCCGGUGAAGCGUCUCCCGGCCGAGUUCGAGUGUCCACUGUGCUUCAAGGUCAAGAAAUUCUACAAACCGUCGGAUUGGACAAAGCAUGUCCAUGAGGACGUUCAACCAUUCACCUGCACGUUCCCCAACUGCGGCGAACCCAAGUCGUUCAAGCGGAAAGCGGACUGGGUAAGGCACGAGAAUGAGAGACACCGGCAACUUGAGAAUUGGACUUGCCAAAUCGCCGAUUGCAACCACACGUGCUAUCGGAAGGACAACUUUGUUCAGCAUCUGGUUCGGGAGCACAAGAUUGCAGAACCUCGAGCUCGCACUGGUCGGACAGCGGCGAGAGAAGCGCAAUCCGGCAUAGAAACAGAAGACAUUUGGACGCUGGUCGAGAGAUGCCGUCGCGACACGGCGAAGCAGCCAAAGGACGAGCCAUGUCGAUUCUGUGGCAACAUUUGCAACAGCUGGAAGAAGCUGACUGUACACCUUGCAAAACACAUGGAACAGAUCAGCAUGCCUAUUCUCCCGCUUGUGGAGCAGAAGCAGAUCAAUGCCGACACCAUCAUCAGCCCGGUCAUCGAGCUGCCAGAGUCGCGCAAGCUUGCAGGGACGCCCAGCAAAUCUCCGGUCGACAAUCCGUCGCGAUACAACCCCAAGACCAAUUCGACGCUCGCGCCGGGCAUCGACCCGUCAUUCGGCCAGAUUCCAAUAAACACGUCCUCGUCUGCAUCAGCAUCGGCCGUGAUGCACACGUACCCGCCACCACAGUUUAUGAGUGUCAAGAACGAGCAGCCUGCGCAGAAGGUGGGCUAUAGCAACUACGGCAUGGAGGCCAGCCCAAUGUAUACGGGGCAGACAUACCCUGGCCUACAAGUACCACCCAAACCGACGGGUGGCUAUCUAAAUGGGCAAUCCCCGGUGGCCAACCAGCAUUUCGUCAAUGAUGGUACGCAGAAUGGAGCGAAUACCUACAAUAUGGCUCCGAUCGCAAGCAUGGGUCAACCACAGCAGGCUGCAUACAGUUCCUCGCCUAUGGACGGCAAAGCCUUUUCGACUGAUACGAUGGGCGCAAUGUACUUUACUCAGGAGCCGCAAUCGAUGAUCCCCACCAACGGAGCGAUGCAGUCAGACAUGGGAAUGGACACGGUCAACGGCGUGACGUACGAUGCCUCCAUGUACGAGGGAAUGUCGUACAUGACCGCAGGGCAACACAAUUACCAGUACCAGGGAUGA